AUGGAAAUAUCUUGGGACACGUUCACGCCAUUUCUCGUGUGGCAAUUCCUCAUACCUCUGGCAGCAGGUUGGACGCAGACCAUCCUCUACAGCAUCUUCAUUCGUGCCGGUGACCCCAAACCCCAGUCCGGCUCUGUACGCUUCGCAAAUGACCGACGCAAGAUCCUCCUUGUCAUCUACGCCGCCUACUUUGCCUUCACCGUCUAUGAAACCGACUGGAACCUCCAACGCUCCAGCAAUGCAUACAACACGCUCGGUGUGCCCAUUGACGUGGACGAAGGUGGCAUCAAUUCGCGAUUCAGACGUCUGACCAUCAAGUACCAUCCUGAUAAAAUUGGCCCAAACAUCGACCCGGACCAGGCCAACGACUUCUACAUCCAACUCAAGAACUCCAGAGAUAUCAUCCUGGAUCCGGUGAAGCGCUUUGCAUACGAUCGCUUUGGCCCGGGAAUCAUUGGACGAUGUCCGCGGGAGACAUGUAUAACCGCAAAGGAUUAUUUGUGGCACGGACUUGGCGAGGUACUUUUAAUCUACGUCGCUGUGUUCUUAGGGCUCAUGAUGACCAACGCUGCUGGUUUCAUGAGGCAGGGUUCUUACUGGAGAUACCUUGGUGUCCUCGCCGUGGCCACGUUCGAAGUAAGCGCGGUGAUUCGCCCAGACUUUCCAACCUUCCUUUCCAAAUAUAUCAACCCGUUUCUGGUCUCUACCAAGAUCCGCCCACCGUAUCUACCCUUUCAAGUCAUUACGAUUGUGAAGAAGACGUCGGUUUCGCUUGUGCAGUUCCUCGCCUUCCUUGCACCACUCUACCACGCAGACCCGGCUCGCCCGGUUUCGACGGCAGAGGACACGGUAGAGGCGCGCCACAAGCAACUUGACCGUCUCACUCACUUCGUGACGGAGGCGAACAAAGAUGCAAGUAGGCUGUUGGAGAUGGAGAGUAUACCCUACCGGGACAAUGAGAAGGCGAAGAGUGAGCUGAGGGAAGCAUUGAAGAAGUACAUGGUGAAUAACGCGGUACAUCAAGAGAAGGAGGUGAGGAAUGCAAUGGGCCAAAGUAUGGCGAGGCGGCGAGCGGGCGUGCCACAUGGGGCGCAGGGUACGAAAUGA